CAACCGCAUCCUUGCUUUGUGGAAACUCAAUUUUGGUUACACAACAGUUCUCGCUGUGCUUCCUCCCGCCGCCAAUGGCGACCGCGGCGGUGCUCUUUUCUCGCCUCCGCCAAGCGCGGCUGUCCUCCUCCCUCUCCCUCCUAUAUCUGCCUCGCGUCCUAUCUUCUCAGCGACCGUCUCCUCUCCCCGCUUCCGCCCUACCUUCCUCCCCAACCCUUGCAUUUUUCGACGUGUUCCACUCACGCGCUUUCUCCACUCGCUCUUCCGAUGAGCGCGAAUUGGGGUUGAACUCCUUCGGUGUCGACUCGCAGGUUAACUCUGAGCUUCUGAAAGCGAUCGCCGAUACCAGUGGUAGCGGUGAAGAAGACGCCGUUUUCCCCGUUCGCGUGCUGAUUUCGAUGUUCGACUCGUUCCACGAGCUUUCUGGAUUUCCGUGGUGGUUAACUAUAGUUUCUUCUACUCUAGCUCUCAGAAUUGCUAUUCUUUUUCCUCUGGUUGUAACACUUCACAAGCUGAAAACGAUUGGAGAGUUUUUCCCUAAAUUGCCUCCUCCAUUCCCACCACCUUUCUCAGGAAAGAGUUAUAUUCGUCAGUUUCUAUUGUUCCAGAAGAAGAGAAAAGCGAGUGGAUGCCCCUCUUAUGUCUGGCCACUGGUACCAUUCAUUGUACAGGUUCCGUGCUUUUUCCUGUGGAUGAUUAGCAUAAGGAAGAUGUCACUGAAUGGUCACCCUGGUUUUGAUUGCGGUGGUGCUUUAUGGUUCCAGAAUUUAACUGAACUCUCUCACGGUUAUUCGGGGUUCAUCUUUCCUUUCCUGAUUGCUGGUUUGCACUACAUCAAUGUUCAGGUAAUGGAGUAUAAAUCCAUAUAUAUAAGGUUUAUAACCUGAAAUCAUGUUUCUAGUUACCUUCCGUUGUCUUCUUAUAUUCAUAUUCAUGCCAAUGUGCAUUACAGUGAUUCAUUUAGACAGAUUUUGUUUUAUUAGAUGGAGAAAUCACAUUUUAUUAUUCUGUUGUGGCAGAAACCCUCUUAGUAAGGGUUGGAUGUAGUUAAGUCAAGUGUGUACAUUAAAUAUUUUGGACUGGUUGAUAUAAUAAAGGUAGACCUACCAAAACCAAAAUGGCUGGCAAAGUUGAUGGAUCCAAAUCAUCUGGUUACUAGCAAAUGAUUAAUCAAGUCAAAAUCUAAUAUGUAUUGUUGGCCUAAUGGCUCUGUUAUCUUCCUAUGAUAAUGAAUCAAACUUUAACUUUUUAUCUUAUGGAUUAAAAAAGCUGCAGUGCUUGGCUUUAUGGUGCUAGUAAUAAAAUAAAAUAACAGAAAGUGUAAUAAGUUAAUAACUAAGAUUGUUUGGUUUAAGACUGUUUUCUCUUUUCACUUUUAAUAAUUACAAGAAAACCAUGUUUUCUUUACAAAUUAUAAACAAGCAAAAUGAAAACAAAGUGAUAGGGAUAAGAAUAAGAAAGGAUGGGUAGUUUAUGAGAGGAGGAAUAGGAGGAAAUGAAUAUAACAAACUAACAGUUAGGACAGUUGUGGUGAGAUUGUAAGAUUGUAUAAAUAGCGGCUGA